GCUAUAAAUAUCGUGCAUAUGUAUUGUCCAUCCUUUAGGGUUAUAUAUAUCUUUCAGAGUCCCGCCGCUGCAAAACCCUAAUUUCACAUAGCUCAAGCACUCUUCUUCUUCUCCAAUGGCUCCAAAGAAAGGUGUGAAGGCCCCUGUUGCAGCGAAGAAGAAGGCGGAUAAGGUGAUGAAUCCGCUAUUCGAGAAGCGCCCGAAGCAAUUUGGCAUUGGAGGUGCUAUCCCUCCGAAGAGGGAUAUGCACAGAUUUGUUAGAUGGCCAAAGGUUGUUCAGAUUCAGAGGAAGAGAAUGAUCCUCAAGCAGCGCUUGAAGGUCCCUCCUGCUUUGAAUCAGUUUACUAAGACCCUGGACAAGAAUCUCGCAACAAACCUGUUCAAGAUGCUGCUUAAGUAUCGCCCUGAAGACAAGGCAGCAAAGAAAGAGCGACUUUUGAAAAAAGCGCAGGCUGAGACCGAAGGCAAAACUAUUGAGUCCAAGAAGCCAAUUGUGGUGAAGUAUGGUCUUAACCAUGUCACCUACCUAAUUGAGCAGAAUAAAGCGCAGCUAGUAGUUAUCGCUCAUGAUGUGGAUCCAAUUGAAUUGGUUGUCUGGCUUCCUGCACUAUGCAGGAAGAUGGAAAUUCCUUACUGCAUUGUGAAGGGCAAAGCACGACUGGGAACAAUUGUUCACAAGAAAACUGCAUCUGUAUUGUGCCUCACAACUGUGAAGAAUGAGGACAAGAUGGAGUUCAGCAAAAUCUUGGAAGCUAUUAAGGCAAAUUUCAAUGAUAAAUACGAGGAGUACCGCAAGAAGUGGGGAGGUGGUAUCAUGGGUUCGAAAUCACAAGCCAAAACAAGGGCCAAGGAGAGGAUCCUUGCUAAGGAAGCUGCUCAGAGGAUGAAUUAAGAUGCUUCUAUAUUUUAUGGUUCCCCUCAAUCUGUUGGAUUGUUUAAAUUUUCAUCUAGAUUUUCUGUAAGACAUAAUAUUUUUCAAAGGCAGAGUCGAGAUAUGUUUGUUA